AUGGCGUACGAACUUUACGCCUAUAAGCCUGGCACAACCAUUGCACUGGUUGUCGCUGCAUUAUUUGGAGCGAGUGCCACAUAUCAUCUCAUUACUAUGUUCCGAAAGAAAACCUACUUUUACACAGCCAUGGUAGUCGGAGGUUUCAUGAUGACUGCCGGUUAUGUCUUUCGAUAUCUGUCGGCAAAAGAUACUUCUUCCAUAAUGCUCUAUUCUUGCCAAUCUCUCUUCAUUAUCCUUCCACCUUCUCUCUACGCAGCAACCAUUUACAUGAUAUACGGCCGGAUCGUCUUAUUCGUCAAUGCACCAUCUGCAUCCGUAAUCUCUCCUAAAAACGUCACUAAAGUAUUCGUUGGUGGAGAUGUCGUAUCUUUUCUCAUGCAAUCUGGUGGGGGUGGUAUGAUGGCAAUGGCCAGCAUGAGUUCAACGGGCGAAAAAGUGAUGAUUGGCGGUCUUCUCGUACAACUUCUUUUCUUCAGUAUCUUCCUCGUCAUCGCCAUUACUUUCGAACGUCGCAUGCGCUCACAUCCAAGUUUUUUCGAUAUCCCAGCUAACGGAAAAAAACAUUGGCAUAAAUUGCUUAUGCUUUUAUUCGCAGCUGCCGUCUUGAUCAUUGUCAGAUGUGUAUACAGAGUCAUUGAGUUCUCACAAGGUUCGACAGGGACACUUAUGAGUCAUGAGUAUUAUAUGUAUAUCAUGGAUACAGCACUGAUGUUGAUUGUGCAAUGUACGUUUCACUUUAUACAUGCAGGAGAUGUUUUUCAAGAUGGGGUGGAUCCAAAGAAAGCGGCGUUGAUGGGUGAUAGCUACAUUGGAUUGAGCGAGGUUUAG